AUGCCCCCGUUUGAGAUUAUUUUUUGGAUAUUGUCUCUCUGUAUAGUUGCCAGUGCAUUUCCAUUCAGAGUAGCUGAGAUUAAGGAGGCAUUUGAACCUCAGGACAUGCUUUGUUCAUCAGAGUUUCAAGAAAUAAAAGGUAGCUAUAGUAAGCUUUUUCAAGGUUUAACAGGGGUUGGAUUACCAAAAACUACACCUGAUAGCAGCAGAAAAUCGUAUACUGGCUUCAAAUUCAUUAGAAGCUUCAAUCUACAGUUACCUUCGUUGAUAUUAAACAACUCUUUAAAAGUUGUUUUAUGCAAAAGCGGGAAAGUUCAAUGGGAGUUUACAAGACCUUUGACACAAGACAUCGAUUGGGCGAAGCCGAUGUGUUUUUAUACACCUGGGGAGAAAAUGCCUGUUAGGAAAGGUAAAAAAUGGAGCACUUGGUUUAAAAAGGAAGGAUCCGGAAUCAGAUCCAUAUAUCCCGUUUCACUCAAAGAGCAAGCUUCAAAUGAUUUAAGUCAUUUUAAUUGCUAUAAACUAGCCAGAAGAAAAAAAUAUACUGCGAGAAAAGUUUCAUUGUUCUUUCCAGGCAGCUGGGUGGGUGGUAUGUUUUAUUGUCAAAUUACUGAUGAAAUUAAGAAAAAUGUAAUUGACAGUAUGGAUGAAAAUUUAGAGUUUAAAGAUACGAAUGACUUUGGGAUAUGCAAGAUAGAGAACAGCAUUCCAUUGUUUCCCUUGGAAUCUGAUGAUUACAGUAAAAGUUGGGUUGUGCAUGAGAGACCAAAAAUCAGAUCUUUUCAAAAUAAAUUGAAGGGUCGUUUUCAAGUUACGAAAUUGAUACCUUACCUUUUCACAGCAAAUAAUCCAUUUGAUGUUACAAAUUUCAUGGGAUCUAACUUGUCUAUUGCUACAAUCACAAAUAAUUCAUGGCAGCGGCCACUUAGGGAACAACUGCUAAAUACAGCCCAAAAUAGCAAAAACUUUCCUAAAGCAAGUGACCAAUGGUAUAAAGAAAUUGAAGUCGAAGAGAAAUAUCAGAUGAGCACAGAGGAACUGUCAAAGUUGGAUAGCCUAACUGACAGAACUAUAAACAGAAUUGCAGAAAUAGCAAAUGGACCAAAUAGCACUAUUAAGUAUUUCUUUUCUGCUGCAAAUCUUGGAUUAUCCAGUAAUCAAAAUAAAAAACGUUUGAAAGGUUUUUUACGCAAGAUAGAGGCACGUAUAUGGAAUCGUUUUUCCUUUCAAGAUAAGAGCAUUGCGACAAUUAGUGACAAUCAAUGGGAACUGCGCGGUAUGCGAAAUCAGUGGGAGAACCUUAAAAUAAUUCCUGAGAAGCAUAAUUAUACAUUACUUGAAAAUAAGCUAGAUAGAUAA